AUGAGAGCGCCUAUUCCGGGACUUCCUCUCAAGCUUUAUCUAGUUGCAACAAACACAGCGGUUGGGGCCUUACUUGCCCAGGAUGAUCAUGAAGGGGAAGAAAGUCCCAUUUAUUAUGUGAGUAGACAAUUGAGAGGUGCUGAAACAAGAUACCCAAAAACCGAGCUCUUGUGCCUUGCCCUUGUCUAUGCUGCGCAAUGCCUGCGACAUUACUUUCUUGCUCACAAGCUGCAGCUCAUGGUGAAAUCUGACCCCGUAAGAUAUUUGCUCACGAGGCCGGUGCUAUCUGGACGCUGGUUGCUACAACUAUCCGAGUUCGAUAUCACAUGCGCAGCCCCCAAGGCCAUUAAGGGGCAGGCUGUAAUUGACAUGCUGGCUCUAUUUCCUGAAGUAGAAGAAUCGACCCUUUCUGAGCAGGUUCUGGGGGAGCUGCCGGAAGUAGUUGCUGCAGUUACAGAAGAGGAACCAUGGACCUUUUACUUUGAUGGGUCUUCUACGUCAAAAGGUGGAGGAGCAGGUGUGGUGCUCAUUAAUCCAGAGGGACAAGCUACAGCCCUCUCGUUCAAGCUAAAUUUUCCAUGCACAAACAACACGGCAGAAUAUGAAGCUUUUAUUAUGGGAAUGUCUACAGCAAGAGAGAUGGGUGUAGAGAAAAUCAAGGUUAUUGGGGAUUCAAACCUGGUGUUAAGUCAAUUACAAGGGAAUUUUGCUGUGAAGGAGCCUAACAUCACUGUGAUAAAGAAAGAUGUGUCUGUAGUCGAAGCAAUGUUCCAGGAGGAGCUGCCGGAAGCAGAAGAUGAUUGGAGGAAAGCUGUGAAGGAGAAGAUGAGCAAGGGAAGCGACAUCAAAGAAUUAAAAGAUUACACGAUCAUCUUUGGAGAGCUAUACAGGCGCCUUCCGGGGGGUAUUUUGACUCGGUGUAUAGGAAUAACAGAAGCACGAAGAAGGUUGCAAGAAGUUCACGACGCCACCUGCAGCUUGGAGCCAGUGGUCAGUUUGUAUAGGCGCCUGCAACGCAAGGGCUACUACUGGCCAGAGAUGAAGAAGCAAGCGGCUGAAAUCCAAUCUAAUUGCCCCAUGUGUUCUACAAUACCCUCCACCGAAGAAUCUUUCACUAUUUCAUUCGCAGAGGAUUGGAGAGCUCUUUACUUAGCAUUUUUCGUCGAAAGGACUCUACCAACCAAUCCCAAGCUUGCCUACAAGCUCAAGAAGACAGUAAAAAGGUAUUUUGUAGACGGGUCGACGCUUUACCGUAAGGGGUUUAAUGGCGAACCAUUGAGAUGUUUGGGAGAGUCAGAGGCACGUCAGGUCAUGCAAGAAAUACAUGCUGGAGAGUGUGGAGAGCACCAGGGAAUGAAGAGGCUUCACCGGCAGCUGCUGAGUGUUGGGUAUUAUUGGCCUACCAUGAAGAAAGAUGCGCACGACUUCGUCAAAAGAUGCCACACAUGCCAAAUUCAUGCCAACCUAAGUCACAAGCCUCCCACAUUGCUACAGGACAUGCGCACUCCUUGGCCUUUUCAUACUUGGGGGCUCGAUUUAAUUGGAACGAUCCAUCCUCCUUCCGACGGUUACAUAUGGAUUCUCACUGCCACGGAAUAUUUCACGAAGUGGGUUGAAGCGAUCCCUCUUCGAAAGGCCACGGGAGCUGCUAUUUCAAAUUUUAUUCGGGAAUAUAUCGUGUGCAGGUUUGGAAUUCCAUACAAAAUGGUCACUGACAAUGGCACCCCUUUUGUCAACAAACAAGUGAGCUCGACGCUUAGCGGCUAUGGUAUCAAGCAUCGCCGCUCCACACCUUAUUACCCACAGGGAAAUGGUCAAGCUGAGGCCACAAACAAGACGGUAUCAAGCAUCGCCGCUCCACACCUUAUUACCCACAGGGAAAUGGUCAAGCUGAGGCCACAAACAAGACCAUAUUGA